AUGCCAAGAAUUUCGAGUAAGAUAACUAUUGGAGAGCGGGUUAGUUUAAUGUCAUCAGUAUUGCCGAAGGAGGUAGUACUACAAUACUUACAAUAUCGUGGUGGUAACUGGAAGAACAAACGUUUGUAUGGUAAAGUUAUUGGAGGGUUAAAUGAAGGUGGGCGUCUAAAAUAUCGGGUCAAUGUAGAAAAUUUUGAAAAUAUGGAAGUUGAUGUUCUUGCGGGUAAUUUGAGAUAUGAAAAACCAGACGAUAAAGAAUUACCACCAAAUGUUGAAUUACCAAUAGUCCCUACGGAAUUGUCUGAUGAUAGUGACAGCAGUAUAGAAGAGGAUGAUGACGAUGUUAACGAAGAAAAUAAUAAUAUAAGUCAAUCAAGUGGUCCUUCUACUACAGUAAACUGGAAAGAACAAUUUGUAACUAUUGACCAGCGUGAAAUUAAUCCAUCAUAUAAUCAGGAUUGUAGUGUUAAUAUCGAAUCUGUUGGUCUAGCCUCGCCAUUUAAUUUGCUGUGUCGUUAUCUUCCGGUUAAUUAUAUUAAACAGCAUGUGAUUAAUUCUAUUAACAUACAUGGGCGGGAAACUUCAAACUGGGUUGAUGUAAAUUUUGACGAAUAUAUGAGAUGGUUAGGUUUAUGGGUGUUGAUGUCUGCCUUUCCUGUGGCUGAUCGUCAUUUUUAUUGGAGAACAACACAAGAGAUUACAAAGCCAAUGGAUUCUUUUAAUUUUCAACAAUUAAUGCAAAAUGGGCUAUAUGGUAUCUUUCAUGUUAAAAAAAGGCGUGAGUGGCCUCUCAAUUAUCCCCGUGAUAUGGUUCAAAAACUUGGAAGCACAUAUGGAUCUUAUUUUUCAAAGGUUGCAACGAUUAAUAAUAUAUAUUUAAUUGCAGCUUCUUUGAAAGAUCGAAAGCCACAAUGCAUUAUUGCAAGUGCAUCAACUACAAUGAUAGGUGAUGAAGUAGACCGUGUAGUUAAAGAGCAUAAUAAUUCUUUAUUAGUAAAAUUCACAAGACCGAAAAUCUUUUAUGAAUAUUCUUGUUCAAAAGGGGCCAUCGAUAUUAAUAACCAAGUGUGUAUUUUUUUUAUUGUAGCAUUGUUAGUGUUGUAA